CAGGAACACAAACAGACACACACACAUCACAGGCACCAUGGGGAACUUUGCUGCCAACGAGGGACUCUCCAUCUUCGUUAUUCUGGUGUGGCUCGGGAUCAAUGCCUUCCUGUUUGUGCACUUCUACAUGGCCUUCCUGACGGACAAGUGGUACUACACCAGGGUUCUGCUGGGGCAAGCCCUGUCCUGGGCCCGAGCUCCGGCCGCCUGCCUGAACUUUAACUGCAUGUUGAUCCUGCUGCCGGUCUGCAGGAACCUGCUCUCCUUCCUGCGCGGGACCAUCCAGUGCUGCAGCCGCUCAGCCGCUCGACAACUGGACAGAAACAUCACCUUCCACAAGCUGCUGGCGUACAUGAUCGCCUUCCACACAGCCGUGCACAUCGUCGCACACUUGUUCAACUUUGAGUAUUUCAUGGACGCACAACUGGAUCGGAACAGCAGCCUCCUGCCCUUCGUGCUCUCGGAGAUCGGCACCGGGGACAACGCGUCCUUCCUGAACCCGAUCAGGACCAAUGAGACGAACCCGACCGUGGUCAUGUUCACCACCAUCGCCGGGCUGACGGGCGUGGUCAUCACGCUGGCCCUCAUCCUCAUCAUCACCUCGUCCACGGAGGUGAUCCGGAGGUCGUACUUCGAGGUCUUCUGGUACACGCACCACCUCUUCGUCCUCUUCUUCAUCGGCCUGGUGUUCCACGGCUUCGGGCGUAUCGUGCGAGGACAGACGACGGCCAGCCAGAAGACAAACGUGCCAGAGUCCUGCGCCGACCACUUUGAGGACUGGGGAAGGAACGAGUCGGGCUGUGCGGUACCAGAGUUCGCUGGGAACCCUCCGAUGACCUGGAAGUGGGUGGUGGGCCCCAUGUUCCUGUACCUGUGCGAGAGGCUGGUUCGAUUCUACCGCUCCCACCAGAAGACGGUGAUCACCAAGGUGGUGAUGCACCCGUCCAACACCCUGGAGCUGCAGAUGAAGAAGAAGGGCUUCAGCAUGGAGGUGGGUCAGUACGUCUUCAUCCAGGUUCCCUCCAUCUCCCGGCUGGAGUGGCAUCCCUUCACCCUGACCUCCGCCCCCGAGGACGACUUCUUCAGCGCCCACAUCCGCAUCGUGGGCGACUGGACCCAGGCGCUGCUGGAGGCCUACGGGGGGGACAAGGACGAGACCCAGGAGGCCUGGAAGCUGCCCAAGAUUGCCAUCGACGGGCCCUUUGGGACGGCCAGCGAGGACGUGUUCCGGUACGAGGUGGUGGUGCUGGUGGGCGCGGGCAUCGGCGUGACUCCGUUCGCCUCCAUCCUCAAGUCCGUGUGGUACAAACGCAUCCAGAACGACCAGGACGUCUUCACCAAGAAGAUCUACUUCUACUGGCUGUGUCCGGAGACCCAGGCCUUCGAGUGGUUCGCCGACCUGCUGCAGUCUCUGGAGCUGCAGAUGACGGACAAGGGCAUGAGCGACUUCCUGAGCAACAACAUCUACCUGACCCGCUGGAAGGAGACCGAGGCGGCUAACUUCCGUGUUCACCACGAGGCGGAGAACGACCCGAUCACAGGCCUCAAGCAGAAGACCCUGUACGGGAAACCCAACUGGGACAACGAGUUCACCAACAUCGCAGCCAAUCACCCGGGAACUAAAGUGGGAGUUUUCCUGUGCGGCCCCCCCCAGCUCGGGAAGUCUCUGGAGAAACAGUGUCUGUCGCACUCGGAGGCCGACGUCAAGUUCAUCUUCAACACGGAGAACUUCUAGAAGAGAAGAAUCGACAGUGGAAAGUUCCCAAGUAGCAGCUGAGCUCCGACCCACAGCUUCUCGCCUCGGAGCGGACGUGCUGCUCCGCUCGCCGCUCGCCACAAACCGUCUCUCUGUGAAGAUGCUGAAACGACUCCGCUGGAUUUCACACUUUGCUUUCUUCUCCUUUUAAAGUUACAUCAAUAAUACGAGAAGUUUCAAAACCUUUCUUCGCUUCUGAGGCUGAACAUGGUCACGAUUUCUCUGUUUUUUCCUCAUGAACAGAUAGAAAUACUGAAACUAUUCUUUAAAUAAAAUUCUUUUCACCUGGUUUGUUGUUUAAAUGAUGAACCAGCAGCUUCUUGUUUGUUUUGUGCUAAUGGAAAACAUGUUGAAUAUUUAUGAAGCAUAGAUAAACAGUUGCUCUCGCUGUCGAGAUGAAUAACAUCAUUAAACAUGCAUGAAACAAGUGA